GUCAAAUGUUAAGAUGUCAUGAGAUGUAUUCAACUCUAUAUAAGAUGACUGUGUUGAACCAAAACUAGACAAACCCUCCCCCGAAAAACAAAAAAAAAAAAAAAAACAAAGAAGAAUAUCGACUAUCGAGUAUGAUCAAGAUAAUAAUGAUGAUGGCUUUGGUAAUGAUGGGAGUGAAAGCAAAAACUGUGAUGAAGGCCAACGAAGUAGACCAACGUGUCAUAUGUUACAGGAACUGCGAUGUUGGUUGUGGCACUGAUAAUGCAUGUCAUCAACGUUGUAAGAAAAAUUGCGGUUACCCACCCUUGAAGAAUUUUCAGUCAUCGGAUACAAGGGACAACGAGGUAGACCAACGUGUCAUAUGUUACCGGAACUGCGAUGUUGGUUGUGGCACUGAUAAUGUGUGUCAUCAACGUUGGGCCAACGAAGUAGAUCAACGUGUCAUAUGUUAUCGGAACUGCGAUGUUGGUUGUGGCACUGAUAAUGCGUGUCAUCAGCGUUGUAAGAAAACUUGUGGUUAUCCACCCUUGAUGAAUAUCCAUCUAUGAUUUGUUGAGAUUCAGAAGUCAUGGACUUGUGAAACUUUUAUUAUAUAAUUCUCUUCGUGAUUUAGUUGUUUAUUUCUUGAGUUUUCACAUGUUGGGGUUGUAAUUGGCAUGAAAAGAUUCUAUGUAAACAUACUAAAAUCAAACCAAGAGAUUACUUUCAUAAAAGAAA